CGGUGCGUCAUGGCGCACGCGACGUGAGUGCGCCGACGACGCUGCCGUAAAGCGCGGCGCGGCGCGGCGCGGCGCGGCCUUUGCGGGGCGCGCGGCCGACGCCAUCAUGUAUCACAGCAGCACGCAGCGCCGGCACUGGACUUUCCGCGGCGAGGAGGAGCUGGCGCGCUGUCGGGCCGACGCGAGCCGCAAGUUCCGCAGCAAAGCGGUGGCGGGCGGAAAGGUUCAGCAGAGUGACCCUUUCCUGCUUGAGCCACAUGAGGAGCUGACAAUAUGCAAACACUAUGAGAAAAGGUUACUGGAUUUCUGUGCUGUCUUUAAACCUUCAAUGCCUAGAUCUGUGGUGGGAACAGCUUGUAUGUAUUUCAAACGCUUUUACCUCAAUAAUUCAGUGAUGGAGUAUCAUCCUCGGAUAAUAAUGCUAACAUGUGCAUUUUUGGCAUGUAAAGUAGAUGAAUUUAAUGUGUCCAGUGCACAGUUUGUUGGUAACCUUCGAGAAAGCCCUCUUGGGCAGGAAAAAGCCCUAGAACAAAUACUGGAAUAUGAACUACUACUUAUUCAGCAGCUGAACUUUCAUCUUAUCGUGCACAAUCCAUACAGACCAUUUGAGGGAUUUCUAAUUGAUUUGAAGACUCGUUAUCCAAUGCUGGAGAAUCCUGAAGUUUUGAGGAAAACAGCUGAUGACUUUCUCAAUAGAGUAGCUCUGACAGAUGCAUAUCUGCUCUUUACUCCCUCACAAAUAGCUCUUACUGCUAUAUUAUCUAGUGCUUCAAGAGCAGGAAUUAAUAUGGAAAGUUAUUUAUCAGAAAGUCUUAUGCUGAAAGAAAACCGAACAUCCUUAGCCAAGCUACUAGAUGGUAUGAAAUGCAUGAAAAAUCUUAUAAAGAAAUAUGAACUACCAAGGCCUGAAGAGGUUGCUGCUCUAAAACAGAAAUUAGAGAAGUGUCACAGCUUGGAGCUUUCACUUAAUAUAAACCCGAAGAAGAGGAAAGGUUAUGAAGAUGAUGAAUAUAUAACAAAGAAAUCUAGAAUGGAUGAGGGCAGAGACUCAGCUUCCAGAUUAAAUUUCUACCUCAGGCUAUGUGUUACCAAGGCUUUCACAAAUUACACUGAGGGGUAGCUUGUGCUGCAAAUUAGAAGACUGAAUAUAAAUGAGGUAGAGAUUUUGGAGGGUGCCUUAAAACAUAAUUAAGGUACUGCUUCAGGUGUAAUUUGAAACAUCUUCCACGCUUCUCAUUUGAAAAAUUGACUGAAAAUUGUACAGACUACUAAUACAUUCUAACGGAGGAAUAGUUUUUUCAAAAAAACCCCUUUUUUUAAUGGACAUCUCUUGAUACUGAAGAGCAGAAGACAUUCUGCAGCCUUGUGGUCUAAGACAUCUGAAAUAUGGCACUUACUUAUGAAAACUUGUGAACUGCUGAAUAGAGUUGUCAGUUAAAAUUUUAACCUUAAAAUGCAGGAUGUGUUGUAUGUGCUUUUAUAGGGGGUGUUUUUGUGUGGGGGUGUGUUUUUUGUUUUUGUUUUUUGUUUGUUUUGCAAGGCUCCUUGAAUUGUGUAAAUUAUCGUUACCAUGGUCAAUUUUAGUUACACAUUAUAGCACCAAACUGAAAAAUCAUUUCUAUGGAGCUAAGCUGAAAUUUAUGCAGUUACAAGACUCUUGAAGAUACGCUCUAAUGAAAUGCAGAAUCUCAAGCAUAUCUAAUAAAAAAUAUUUAAUACUGUAAAAAA